AUGGCAACGAACGGGGUCAGUGCGGUCAUGGAAGAGUUGACCGUGCACAGUGCCUCCUACCGGCCAAUUCCCCUUCCACCACGGGUGCAUCGUUGCCGGACUCCCAUAAAACGGACACUGGCUCCUUCGGUCGUCAUCACUGCACACCGGGAAGCAUAUAGGGUAAGAGACCCUCAGGAACCGAUCAAGUCAAAGCCACCUCCAGACCACGGGUUCCUGGACGGAGAUGGUGUUAACCGUUUCAACUGUACGUCGUACAAAAUGCAUUAUCCGGCAAAAGGCGGACUACACCGCGCUCGACCGAUCACACCUCCCGUUAGGCGGUCGCUAGCACACGUUUCUAUGGAAAAGGAAACGUCUACCGGCAACGCUUACCGAAAUCCUGUUACAAUGAAACUUUGGCGACGUCCUAUGAGUGCUUAUAUAGUGUCACCGGAACCGAUGGAAACAACAUCAGUACACCGAGCGAGCUACAAACCACCACCGUGUAAUUUUGAUUCAAAAGCAAAGGCUGAUAUCUGCCCAAGACGUGCUUAUGUAGACGAAUCGCUAAGGUCCAAGAUGCCCAUCAAAAGCGAUACCACUUACACUACCGAUUAUUAUACGAGACAUCCGAAUUUAAAACUUCUUGGGCCGAUACCAAAGAAAAUGCUUGAGAUGCAAGAGUCAAGUAAAACGCCAAAAGCUCACGACUAUAAAAUAAAGAAUAGUAAUAAAUUGGCUAAAUGUACGAGAAAAAUUGAACACGCAACAUAAACAUUAAAUACUUAUUUGAAUAAUAAUUUUUAGUUCUAAA